UACGAUCUACUGAACGUCGAACCUUUAAUGAAAAAACCGAUCCCGUUGAGACAUUGCCCCGCAUGAUCGGUGAAUUAUCGAUUGAUGAAUGUGCGAAGCGAAACAUCGUCAGUAAAGUAAAUCAAGACUCUACAAUUGGAGAAAGAAUCACGGAACGCGAUUCUAAAUUGAGGACGGCCUCUCUGUACGAUGUCGAUAGAAUGUCAUUCGAGGAACUGCAAGCUUCUCUACGUAGAAUUACGGAAAAUCCGCGACAACCGUUUUCAUUUCUGACGAAUAUCUCCGAUGAAUUCGCGAGUGACAAACAUUUGUCGACGAACCCUACGGAAAUCGACAUGCAAUUGGCUGCUGUAGCACAGCGUAUCGAAUCGAGUAAAAUUUUAUUGGAGGAAGCCAAAUCUCACAUCGAAAACAUAUAUCUUCGCGCUAGGCAAAAUGAUGUUUGCCAAUUGUGGAAAAUACCCAACAUUUACGAUGAUAAAGCCAAAGAAGAGUCCGUUAACCCUGCAAGUUCAUAAAGAUUAUACUUAAAUAAAAGAUUUUCAAAGGAUAAAUUCUUUAUUUAUAAUAUAUAUAUCGCGACAGAAUUUAGAGAUAUUAUUUAUUAAGAUAACUAUAAUGUGAUGAUCCCGAAUAAAAAUUGUAAAAUAUAAAAUUCAGGCUGAAAGCGCUUAGCGUUUGA